AGUUAAACUGGUCACUGUAGUGGCUUUAACACUCAUCCUGAGACACUUUAGCAACCAGCCAUAAACUGCAACUUCUCAAGCCUAUCUUUGCCUCCGAUGGAGCCCACAGAAGCCACUGGGAAAGAAAACAUGGGCACCAAGAAAAAGAAUCUGACCUUCUUGAGGACCAGGCUAUAUAUGCUGGAGAGAAGGAAGACUGACACUGUGGUUGAAAGCAGUGUUUCUGGGGACCACUCUGGCACCUUGAGGAGGAGCCAGUCUGACAGGACCGAAUACAACCAGAAAUUACAAGAAAAGAUGACUCCACAGACUGGGUGUGCUGCAACUGAGACCUCAGCCCAGGAGGAAGAGCAUCAGAUGAGAAGAAUGAUGGCAAAGCGGCUGAAAAUCAUCAAGGAGCUGAUACAGACGGAAAAGGACUAUCUCAACGAUCUUCAGCUGUGCAUUAGCAAAGUGGUUCAGCCCCUGAGAAACAAACAGAUUGAUAGGUUGGACGUGGACAGCUUGUUUAGCAACAUUGAAUCCGUGCAUCAGAUAUCAGCCAAGCUGCUGUCGCUAUUGGAAGAGGCCACCACAGACGUGGAACCGGCCAUGCAAGUAAUCGGGGAAGUAUUCUUGCAGAUUAGAGGCCCACUGGAAGAGAUUUAUAAACUCUACUGCUAUCACCAUGAUGAAGCACACAGUGUACUGGAGUCCUAUGAGAAGGAAGAAGAGCUGAAGCAACAUUUGAGCCACUGCAUCCAGUCCUUAAAGAAAAUAUAUAUGGAAGAGGGCAAACCAAACUUAUUGGACAUGGGCUCUUUGAUGAUCAAACCAAUUCAACGUGUGAUGAAAUACCCCUUAUUAUUGUGUGAACUUCGGAAUUCAACCCCUCCUUCUCACCCGGAUUACAGAGCACUAGAGGAUGCCUUUGCUGCCAUGAAAGACAUGAACGUCAACAUUAAUGAACUUAAAAGAAGGAAGGAUUUAGUUCUAAAAUACAAGAAGAAUGAUGAGGAUGAAUCACUUAAAGACAAAUUAUCUAAACUAAAUAUUCAUUCAAUUAGCAAGAAAUCAAAAAGAGUGACAAAUCAUCUAAAGAUUCUGACCAGAGGAGAAUCACAGGUGAAAGACAAUACCUUUAACAGAGAAGAAAAGUUAUUUAGAUAUUUAGAAAAGACUGUGAGGCAUUUUGUGAAGAACAUCUCAUUCUGUCUUCUACACAUACAGGAUGCCAUGCCCUUAGUUCUGAGGAGUGUAAUGGAGUUCCAGGAGAUUUCAUACACCAAAGAUGAGGAGGAGAAUGGCCAUUCAGAGACCCCAAGUAAUACCCCAAAUCCUUGUGAUGACUUUGCAGCUCAUUUACAGACGCUCGUCCUGACACCCCUGUCAGCCCUGCUGUCCUUAUUCCCAGGGCCUCAGAAGCUCAUCCAGAAACGCUAUGACAAACUGCUGGAUUACAACAGCUACCUGCAGCGGUCAGUGGGAGAUGAGUCAGACCUGGCAAAAAAGGAAUACGAAGCCCUCAAUGCCCAGCUGGUUGAAGAGCUCCAGGUGUUCAACCAGGCUGCUCGGAGGAUCCUUCUGAACUGUCUGUGCAGUUUCAUCACCCUCCUCAGGGACCUGAUGCUCCUGGCGCAGCGGGUUUAUUCCACAGUGGGCCCGGUACCACUAUUGGUUUCCAGCAUCUCUGAGAUUCAGAAUCAAGUACUAGAAGAGGUACAAAAUCUGAAUUUUGUGAAGGAUAACAGUGCCACCUUUAUUGAGAGGAAACUGAGUUUUGAAAAGAAAAAGCCUGUGCAAAUUCUGCCAGAAAUGCCACGUCAAACUGAUAUUCACCGCUCCAAACUUCUAUCCACAUACAGUGCAGAAGAACUAUUCCAAGCUAAGCGCAAAUGCAAUGCUACACAAGAAUAUGAUAUCAAUCUUCUGGAAGGGGAAUUGGUGGCUGUGAUGGAACAGAAAGAUCCAUUGGGGAGUACAAGCAGGUGGCUUGUGGACACAGGAAUUGUAAAAGGAUAUGUGUAUUCCUCCUUCUUAAAACCCUACAAUCCAGCAAAAGGGCAGAAGGUGGAUACUGAGAACAGGUUCUGUGAUGAUGAUUUUGACAACAUCAGCCUCUUUGUGUCUUCACGGCCGGCUAGUGACAGUGUCACAGGCACCCCGGAAGGCAGCAUAAGUGACAGCAGCUCAUCUCUUAGUGGCACGUGUGGAAAGUGUGAAACAAAUGGCACUGAUGUUGACAGUUUUCAGGAGGUAGAUGAACAGAUUUUCUAUGCCGUUCAUGCCUUUCAAGCACGGAGUGACCAUGAACUCAGUCUUCAGGAGUACCAAAGAGUCCACAUACUUAGAUUUUGUGACCUAAGUGGCAAUAAAGAGUGGUGGUUAGCUGAAGCUCAAGGGCAGAAAGGGUAUGUGCCUGCUAACUACCUUGGGAAGAUGACUUAUGCUUAAGAAAAUACACCUUUGACUUUUAUUUUCUGCCAAGCUGUUGACUGACUACCUCGUAAAGCUGACAUUACAAAAAGUUGGCCCAGAAAGCAAAAAACCACCAACCUACCAUAGCUGAUAAUGUACCUGGCUUUAAGACUGUGAUUCCUAACAAGAUCAUCUCAUGCAUUUAUUAUGAAGAAUACAUGUUGAAGGUAACACUAAAGCAACAGAAACAGCAAAACAGUCCAACUACUAACCACUUAAAAAUGGAGACAUUUUGAAAGGGUUAAAAAAUAUAUCCUCAUCAUCAUACAAGGUUAGAUCUAACAAUAAGGUACUUCAAUUUACCACAUUAUUUCUUACUCUAUUAUUUUGCCUCAAAUAUGUUUUUGCUUUUCAUGUUUAUCUCUCAUGUAUAUAUACAUACAUACACAUAUAUGUAUAUAUAUGUACACUUAUAAAUACACUACAGUAUAUGAUAUAGAUCAUACAUAUGUAUAUAUCAGGGAGGAUACUAUAUAUACAAAACAAUAGAAAUUGAUUAGUUAAACGCCAUCUAAAAGUCCUUGAUGUAGAGCCUCUCUUGAAUAUAAGUUUUGAGCCAAAAGAAAAAAAGUGAGUAAUAGGAUAACAUCUAAAAUUUACUGAGACCUUAUUACAUGCUAGACAUUGUCCUAAAUGCUUUGUAUGUCUAACUUAUUUGAUACUCAGAACAUUAUAAGGAAAAAGAAGUCAUUUAGUAAUUUAGUCGCAUUGCUAGUAAGUGUUAGGACUGGGAACUAAAACCUAGAGAGUCUUGUUCCGGGGUCCAUGCUUCUAACCACUACAUUGAACUAACCUUCCGAGAGUAUAUAUAUUUUCUAUCUGCAAAGCCCUUGGUGAAGCACAUUAUAAACAUGGAUGAGGACCAUUUUCAUACUUAAGUACUUAGAAGUUUUCAAAAUCAAGGGCUACAAUAACUUAAAAUUCGAUGAUAUUAGCCAAGAGAAAAUGAAGUAUCUAGGUUAUAAUUAUUUUUAUUGUUUUGCUAAAACAUUUUUGAAAGUGUAAUUGUUUAAAAACUAGUCUAGGUAAUCAUUACUGAUACUUCAAUGAGGAAAUGUUUUUGGAUAGCUCAAUUAUUUGUAUGGUGAAUAGGGAAUGUGUAUUCCAUGUGCUGAACCAUGAUGUAAAUAUUUUUAAUUGCCGAUUUGUACUUAGACAAAGCAGGCAUGGAGGAUAAUAUUUUCUAUAGCUCAACAUCCUGGGACAUUGAACUUUGAGUAUUUGUUGAGGGAAUUGUUCCUCAAGAUUCAGACAUAUGUUUCAAGACAUUUUAUUGGGCUAAAGAUGCUUCUUUGGAACAGAAAAAAGAUUAAAUUAAAUUUGACUUUAGUUGUUACCUUUAAAAAUCAAAUUAAGAUCAACUUUCAUUGCCUGUAUAAAAUGUGCUAAUUUAACAUUAAGUUUUAAUAUUUGAUUGUUACUUUGAAGGAUUUACUGGGUCCCUAUAAUAUAUAUUACAUUACAUAUAUUACCAAUGUUACAGUAGCAACAAUUGUUACAAAUAACAGAAUUAAGAGUGCUGUUUUUCAAAGGGUGGCUGACUUUCACAUACAUAUGUGACAUGCACACCACAGAAAUUCAUAAGACAAAAUUUUACAUUAUUUGAUAUUGCUAUUGAAAUUCUUAAUCUAAAUAUGGUUUUAUAAGAUUGUACUGCUAAAUUGUUUUUGCGUAGUAUAUUUUCUUGUUUUGAGUUGGGUACUGUUUUAGUUUGUUAAAGCUGCCAAAAUGUAAUAUACCAGAAUUGGGCUAGCUUUUACAAUGCGAUUUUAUUAGUUUAGCUUACAAUUCCGAGGCUGUGAAAAUGUCCAAACUAAGGCAUCAUCCCAUGAUAUCUGGACCCCUCUUUCAGAUGGCAGAGCACUCAGCGUCUGCUGUUCUCUCCCUUCUCUUCUGGGUUUUGCUUCCAGCUUCUGGUUUCAGUAGUUUCCUUUGUUUUCUGGGACUCUCUUUUAGCUUC